ACUUUGGCAAGCUUUUGGGUUUUUUCCAUCUUUCUGUCUAAUGAACUAUCAGACUUUCCCUCCUUCUCAUCUCAGCCAGACACAGAACAUCAUAGAAAUAUGUUUGAUGCCUGGAUCUUUCUGUUUCCCCUUGUUUCCCCCCUGUUAGGGGCGAGGGCAUUCAUGAUUCACAACACCCAGCGCAGCCUGUGCCUGCAGGACUCAGCAGCUACAAAUGAAGUCCUGCUGAAGAGGUGCAACCUGGACUCAGAGUCUCAGCAGUGGAUCUGGAUCGAUCGGGGCAUGCUGAUGUGUGUCGCAUCGUCCAGAUGUUUGUCGGCCCUGCCGAGAGAGCCUGUCGGGACCCGGUCCUGCCAGGGGCCGGAAGUGGAUGCUGCGGGGUUAAUGUGGGACUGUGACAGGGACAGACUGAUCAGCAGGAACACGUCAAUGCUGCUGUCAAUAGAUGGCCGGCGUCUGAUUCUCACACAUGACAGCAAACACUCAAAGUGGAGAUCUCUGGAUGAGGGGGACAUCUGCCAGGAAAAACUCAGAUCCAGAAGGGCAUCUGAUGAUCCAGAAGAGUUUGAGGCUGCAGAGGAUCAGAUAGGCGAGCUGGCGGCCAUGAUGGAGGAACAGAGAGAGUACCUCCGCUGGUACUAUCGCACAAAGGAUCCGACCACAUGGAAGUUUGUACUGCUGGGACUGGCUUUCGUCUGCCUUCUUGUUGGUUUUCUGCUGCUCGGAAUGGGAGUCAUGGCCAACAAGAACAGAAAAAAGAUUGCAAAGUACAAGACAGCAGCUGCUGUGGCUCAGAAGAGUCAAGAUGAGGAGCUGCUGGUCAUUUCACCACUCAGAGACGACAGCAGUAGCAAACCAUCACCGUCACUUGACAGGCUGCUGCAGGGAAACAAACCCUCCUCAUCCAACGCGGAGGUGAGCGAGCUCAAAGCAGGAAACAUCGUGCUCACAUGGAAAGAUGGAAAAACCUCCUGCCUGUAUUCAGAUCCUGCAGCAGAGGAGGAGAAACAGGAGGAGGUGUCAGCUGCUGAGUUGGAGGCUGAUGAGGCAGUGAAGACGACGGAGUGAAGGGUUCAGAUUACCACAUCACCCACUGCUCCACCCGAAGGAUAAUAGCAGUAUGUACAACUUUGAUGGACUUCUAAUGCUAUGAAGUUACAAAGCAUUAAAUCUGUAAAACGUGUUAUCUCCCUACAUUCACAGCGGUCUGACAAUCCAACAGGUGGGGUCUAAAGAUCAAAAACAACCCGUUAGUUUGAAUGUAGGCAGAAUGUUAAAGGGGUAUACUGUUUGUGUAACAGUGCUUUCUGACGGAAGGGUAGAUUAUUCCUUUGGAUAAAAAUAAAAUACAUGAUAAAGCGUAUAUUUACAUGAAACUUAAAAUUACUAUUAAAAAAUGACAAAAUUGCGUUAAGUUCUUGCUAUACAUAAUAUAUAUCUGGUUAUAAUACUCAGAUAUAAUACCAGAGUUUAUGUUUCUCAAAGAAACAGUUCACCAUUUUGGGAAAUUAACCUUUUUGAUUUCUGUCUAAGAGUUAGAUUAGAAAAUUGAUAUUGCUCAGAUAUCUGUGUGGUAAAUAUGAAGCUGGGGCCUACAGACAAUUAUCUUAGCUUAGCAUAAAGACUGGAAACAGGGGAAACAGCUAGCCUGGCUCUAUUCAAAAACAGACCCACCAACAUCUGUAAAGGGGGAGUUUCAUGUUGUAACUCUUUCAAACAGUGGCCAGGUGCAGUGACGGUGUGUAGCUUCCAGGAGUCUUGUUGUCACAGUUAGGUUGUGGUGUGGUGACCUAAACUAAAACAUGUGCUCACUGACAGUAUCUGACAACUUGCACUGUAGCUGAAGACAAUGCUCAGAAGUGCUGAGUAGAUGGAUAAACUGUUGUUUGUCAAGCAAUAGUUAAACUGUUGUUUUUACAUUUCUGUUUCUAUACAGAUUAAACUAAUGAGAUACGAUGUAUUCAAUAGGCAGCUUUAGAGGUGUUUUUAGGCCUAAUUUUUUUAACUAUGGGCAGAGCUAGGCUAGCUGUUUCCUCCUGCCUUCAGUCUGUAUGCUAAGAUAAGCAAACUGCCUAUAUUGAACCACAGAGAUGAGUGUUUGUACUGUCUCAUCUAACUCUCAGAAAGAAAGCAAAUAAGCCUGUUUCCCAAAAUGUUAAACUCUUCCUUUAAUCCCUCUGGUUGCAUACUGUAAGAGCAUGGUUUGUACUUUUUGCUUUCCCUCAAAUGAAAAUGUGAUUGUCAGCAGAUGAGCACGUGUUUGCUUGUUUGUAUUUAUUCAAACCACCUGAUGCCCCCGUCUUCCUACUCAACAACUGUUACUACAGUUGUUAUUAUUAGUCUUAUUAAUAUAAUUAUCAUUAUUAUUCCUACCACUAUCAUUCCUAUUAUUAUUACUUUAUCAAUAUUAUUAUUACCACUACCAUUACAUUAUUACUAUUUUAAAAUUCUAGGUGGAAUUUGCAUUGUGCACUCCCACCCUCUCAACCUAACACGGCAGCGGCGGAAGGCCGUCCACCAUUGAGUCUGGUUCUGCCCAAGGUUUCUGGCUCUUAAAGGAAGUUUUUCCUUGCCACUGUUGCCAAGUGCUUGCUCAUGGUGGGAUUUGUUGGGUCUAUGUAAAUAAUAUUAUAAAGAGUACUUCUGUUAUGAAUUGGCGCUACAGUAUCUCACAGAAGUGAGUACAUCCCUCACAUUUUUUAAAAGAUUUUAUUAUAUCUUUUCAUGACAGUGAAGAAAUGACACUUUGCUACAAUGUAAAGUAGUGAGUGUACAGCUUGUAUAACAGUGUAAAUUUGCAGUCCCCUCAAAAUAACUCAACACACAGCCAUUAAUGUCUAAACUGCUGGCCACAAAAGUGAAAAUGUCCAAAUUGGGCAUUUCUCUCCCCGGUGUCAUGUGACUCGUUAGUGUUACAAGGUCUUAGGUGUGAAUUGGGAGUAGGUGUGUUAAAUUUGGUGUUAUUGCUCUCACUCUCUCAUAUUGGUCACUGGAAGUUCAAUAUGGCACCUAAUGGCAAAGAACCCUCUGAGGAUCUGAACAAAAGAAUUGUUGCUCUACAUAAAGAUGACGUAGGCUAUAAGAAGAUUGCCAAGACCCUGAAACUGAGAUGCAGCACAGUGACCAUACAGCGGUUUAACAGGAGAGGUUCCACUCAGAACAGGCCUCGCCAUGGUCGACCAAAGAAGUUGAGUGCACAUGCUCAGCGUUAUAUGCAGAGGUUAAAGGGGUGGGGGGUCAGCCUGUCAGUGCUCAGACCAGAUGCCGCACACUGCAUCAAACUGGUCUGCAUGGCUGUCAUCCCAGAAGGAAGCCUCUUCUAAAGAUGAUGCACAAGAAAGCCCGCAAACAGUUUGCUGAAGACAAGCAGACUAAGGACAUGGAUUACUGGAACCAUGUCCUGUGGUCUGAUGAGACCAAGAUAAACUUAUUUGGUUCAGUUGUUGUCAAGCGUGUGUGGAGGCAACCAGGUGAGGAGUACAAAGACAAGGUGUGUCUUGCCUACAGUCAAGCAUGGUGGUGGGAGUGUCAUGGUCUGGUGCUGCAUGAGUGCUGCUGGCACUGGGGAGCUACAGUUCAUUAAGUGAACUGUGAACGCCAACAUGUACUGUGACAUACUGAAGCAGAGCAUGAUCCCCUCCCUUCGGAGAAUAGGCCACAGGGCAGUAUUCCAAUAUGAUAACGACCCCAAACACACCUCCGAGACGACCACUGCCUUGCUAAAGAAGCUGAGGGUAAAGGUGAUGGACUGGCCAAUCAUGUCUCCAGACCUAAACCCUACUGAGCGUCUGUGGGGCAUCCUCAAACGGAAAGUGGAGGAGUGCAAGGUCUCUAACAUCCACCAGCUCCGCGAUGUCAUCAUGGAGGAGUGGAAGAGGACUCCAGUUGCAACCUGUGAAGCUCUGGUGAACUCCAGGCCCAAAAGGGAAAAGGCAGUGCUGGAAAACUAUGGUGGCCACACAAAAUAUUGACACUUUGGGCCCAAUUUGGACAUUUUCACUUAAGGGUGUACUCACUUUUGUGGCCAGUGGUUUAGACAUUAAUGGCUGUGUGUUGAGUUAUUUUAAGGGGACUCCAAAUUUACACUGUUAUACAAGCUGUACACUCACUACUUUACAUUGUUCCAAAGUGUCAUUUCUUCAGUGUUGUCACAUGAAAAGAUAUAAUAAAAUAUUUACAAAAAUGUGAGGGGUGUACUCACUUCUGUAAGAUACUGUAUAUAAAUAAAAUUUAAUUGAAUUGAACUGAUCAUUAACUAAUAAAGUCACAACUGGAAAUGUACCUUCACUUGCUUUUCUUUAAGACGUAGGAGAGAGAGAGAAAGAGAGGAGUUUUUUUUGGGGGGGGGCACAAUGCAAGUACCAUCUAGAAUUUUUUUUUUUAAUCGUAAAAUUGUAAUUGUAGUGUUAAUAUUAAUAAAAAUAAUAUCGUAAAAAUAUCAUGGACACCUUCCAACACCACAACAGGACAAAAAAAUUAUAAGCUUCACAGAAGGGCCGCUGUAGGAGGACUGUGAGUAAAACGAGAGAUUUUUCAGGUUGAGCCUAAUGAUAGCACUGAUAGAAAGUGCCUUCCUGUUCUAAUGACAGAAUGAAUUUACUUCAUGAGCAGUGAGUGGGUUCAGAUCCUCUGUAGACAAGGGAAAUAGAAAUAAGGUCCCUACAGACAGACAGAAUAUUCUGGAUCUUUACCAGAUUUGUCACUGACUUGUGAUUUGUUGAUGAUACUACCCAUUGUUACCCAUGUUUGAUGUGUUGAUGAUUCUAGUUUGAAUGAUGGCUCCACCUGCUCCAUCUGCCUCAAAUGUUCAUACAUCAAUAAAUAAUUGGAUCAAA